AUGGCUGAGCCAUCCGACGACGGUGGUCGUCGACAUCAAUUGUCGUCAUUCGAGAGCUCGGUCUCUACUACUGGUUCAUUUGAAUCCCUCACUCAGGGGGCAUCGCCUAAGUUCAGUGGACAGCGGGAGGAGUUGAUGGAAAUUGAAUGCUUAUCUUCAGGCAAUGAAGUGGUCGAACGUUUGCCCAAUGAUGUGUCCGAAAGAUCAAUCGUUCGCAGCCUUUUCGGUGGGACACUCUCCCGUCGUACCAUCUGCUCUCAGUGUAACCACGUUUCAAGUGCCGAGCUGGAGGACUUCAUUUGCCUCUUUCUUCCCAUUGACACCUCUGCGUCCUUCUCUUCGGAUUGCGACUCCACUGUGAGUGAUUUGUCGGAAGUUAACCUUCUGGUUUCUCUUGUUGGCAGAAGCAGCAGCGGCAGCAACUGCCAACACCCAACUACAACAGAGGCGUUAAACCAUGCCUAAGAGCGUUUCCAAUGUUAUUCAGCGUGAAGCACAUAAUUUGGACUAUCAAAGCCCCGGCGUAUUUAGCGGGCAUUCCGCCGGUGACGAUAGCGUAUGUGACCCCGCCUAAUCCUUAUGACACGAUUAAGCCUGCUUCUUUCAUUUAAGUAGGCAUAUUACAGCAUGGUUUGUGGGAUAACGGAACCCAUUCUGACAAUAAUAUUAACGCCCAAUAGAACCCUUACCGCCUAGCUUAUUUACGCCCCUAACCAUAAUCACACCCUAACCUUAAUAUUGCCGCUAGAACCAACGCUAGCGCCAAACCUCCCCAUAGGCGUACUCCCAUCGCUAAGCUGGAGCUUCAAAUUUAACCCUAAGCCUAAUUCUAAACCUAGUCCUAAUCCGAACGCUAACCCCAACACCUACCACAAAAUAGGGUUUGAAUUAGGGUUAUAGUUGAGUGCCAGGGUUAGGGUCGGUACUUAGGGUCAGCAGUUGCAGUUUGUAGUUUAGAGUUGGGGUUAGGGUUGGGGGUUGGAGACUAUGUUGGGGUUUACGGUUUAUGGAUGAGGUUAGGAUUGGGAUUUAGGACAACGAUUAGAGUUAGGAUUGCGGUUAUGCUUAGGGUUAGUGUUAGGACUAAGGUCAGGUCUAGGGUUAAAAUCAAGACCAAUGUUAGGCUUAGUUUUGCUAACGGUAUGCUCUCUUACAAAAUCCCAUAACGGAAAUUUUGCCACAUUUCUAAUCUGCGAGACGUGGCUAUACCGGUUUUGGUGUGCGGAGAGGCCUUUACCUGCAUCGUUUCCGCAUACUCUAUAACUUGCCUCAGUUUACCACUCAUUAGGUUUCCAUAUAAAUGUUUCGCUCCAUAUAUGCCAGUGAAAUUGCUAAUAAGCUUUCCUUUUUCGCACUGAGUCAUUUGAAACUUCUUUCGUUAUCUGCUACGGGGUGGAUGUGCUGUCGAAAUUGCCUGUCUACGUUUGUCUGCUCCGUUGUCGCCCUACCAGAGAAGCUAGUGACUCCUUUUUCGGUGUGCACCCCCCCCCCCCUCCCCCCUGCCGAUAUCUCUCUGUUGCUCUUACCCCUUUUCUUCCUGCGCGCGUCUGGGAAAGACAUAAGUAUGUUCACCGGCAAGGUUAGCAGUCAGCCACUUCUUCACCAUUCAUUGGUAGUUACGGUAGAACUGGUGACUCGUCUACUGGUGCUACUGUAUGUUUAGGCAGGCUGUGACGCAUGAGGACCGUGUACUUGCGCUCGAAACUCACUGGCUUUCGCCGAGGCCGUCUACUUUCUACUUAACGUCUACGAAGGCUUCCGUACCGGUUGGCAGUUGCCAUCAGUUGUACAAGCUUUACCGUUGUUACUUUCGGCAACUGUGACUUACCGUUUUCCUGCGGGUUAGCCAGCUGAUCGCCUUGCGUCUGUGCUCUUUCUUUCUCGCAUAACCGUCAGACUUCUCUGUUUCUUAUCACUCACCGGGGUUUGGCGGUACUGAGUCGGAUAUAGUGAGCUCACCCUUCUGCGUUCAGCACACUUUCUUCGGUUAAUCUACCAAACGGUGUUCCCAUGGCGACUGCUGACCAGACCAGCACCAUAGAGCUAAUUGACAGUAUGCCUUAGAUGUGUCUGCACAUACCUGUCACUGUCUUUCCUCGCUUACUACUACCCGGCGUACUACCCUUAACCCCUGCCUGCCUUAGACGCAGCCAUCCGCUUAAAGUAGUUCUGCUUUUCCCCCCACACCGGUCACCUUCCCCACAGCCAUUCGUGUCUGGGCGGUUGUCGCCGACUCACUGUUUCCACUUCCGUGUGCUUAUACAAGAUUCGCACGCCUAGACUGCAUCGUAUAUCCGUCGGCGUUCGUCGUAUCGGCGCAUCUUGAUCCCAUACCGAUAACCCUCUUGCUCUUCCUGCAGCUUCCGCGUCCUCCUAAUCCAAAUCACGGCACUGACCAUGCCUUUCACUCGGACGCAAUGGCGUAAGUAGAACCCGUCUACUAACUCCCCGUCAUUACCAACUGAAAUUGCACCUAAUACUACCGACAAUUCUAAUCUUGUUCUUAAUGCUCGCACUAACGACAAUCGUUGUGAAAGCGGCCAAGGGAUUCAAGGACCGGCUACUUUUAUUCACACUUUUGCCACUUUUGUACGCCGGUUCCCCUUGGCGGUUAUACCCGCCGCGAGAAUUCUUGGACGGCUGUUUGUGGUGACAUUCGUCUCAAGCAGAUACGCGUCCGCUAUGUGCUUCAGGAGGUUUUCCCAAGCCACAGAUAGGUUGUUAGUUAUUUAUGGCGAUAAAAUUGCCUGCUGAACUUUCUUCAAUGGCGUGGACGACUCCACCUGCAGUCUUCUUGGCCUACAGUUGGUCAGUCUAACGGAUAUGGGGGCUAGGUAAAACAUAGAUUACGAGACUCUUCCUUCUGUGCUGCAUAAUCUACCAUUCAUUUUUUUCUUAUUUGCUUUCGUCAGCAAACAGAUCGGUCCCCGCGGACGCUGCAGCAUGGGUCGUAGUUCUGUAGUUGGACAUAUUUCGUGAGGUUUCUCGGAAAUUUUGAGUACGGACGGGUCCCAAACAGCCGUUCGGAUUGUUUGUUCGAGGUUGUCUCUAGCGCUUUGCUUUAAAAGCCUAACCACAAGGCAGCGGUGGCAAGCAAACUUAUUUAAUGAUGGUCCACAAUGGUCUUGUUACAGUGCCGUCAUCGAUUCUUGUGGCUUUUUUACAAGGCUUUCAGUAUGCCAGACCUCAGCCCUCCGCACCCUGAUAGCACUGUCGUUGCUGGUCCGCGAUUAUUUAUUCGUCAGACCUGGAUCUGCAUACCUCGUAGCCAACCUUUACUGAAGGCCGUCUCACUAUCCGCCAUCCGUGGACGCGCCAGGUAGCCAGCAGACACGCCAACGGACAACCCGUUUGGUAUUCGGUCUGGCGUUCGACAGGGUCGUAUCCUGUCGCAAAUUCUGUUCAACUACGCGAUUGAUUGGAUUUUCGGGAGGACGCCACACGAUGGUGACGGUUGCGAGUUUGUACCCGGACACCGGCUGACCGAUCUCGACUAUGCCGAUGAUAUUGCCUUACUCGCUUCAAGUUUUGGUGGUCUGCAGCCUAUGGUGUCAGGGCUGAACGAGGUCGCCCAAUCGGUCGGUUUAUCCAUAAACGCUGAGAAGACUAAGAUGUCUUCUGGCUGCAUCCCUGACCAGGAGAAGGCACCUCUCGGGAUUGAUGGCUGUCAACUUGAAGUAGACAGUUUUUAAAUACCUCGGGGCGAGACUGCUACCGAAUGGACAGAGUAAAGACGACAUUGUCUCCCGAAUUGAUGAUGCCCGACGGAUUUUCUCAAGCCUUAGAAAAUGCCUAUGGAUACGACGCGGCAUCUCCAUCGUCACUAAUAUUCGUGUGUAUCGUGCAUCUGUCCGUCCCGUCCCUCUCUAUGGCUGUGAAUGCUGGGCUGUGCGCGUGGAGGAUAGGUAGGAACUGGAGGUAUCUGGCCACCGCUGUUUGAGGACCAUCCUGCGAGUGAAGUACACCGACUUCAUCUCAAAUGAAAGAGUCCGCACUUACUGCGACAACAUCGCAAGGAUAACCCAGGCCAUCCAGGAAAGACAACUGAGGUGGUUUGGGCAUGUUCUCAGUCGACCACUUCAUGAGCUCAAUGUUACUGCCCUCGAUCCGGCACCGUUACCCCAUUGGAGGCGUCAAAGAGGGGGUCAACUCAAUGCCUCGCUCGACACAUUUCGUCAAGACAUGGAGGUGGUUCUUGGGCCUUCGGUAUUCGCUCUCCGUCGAUGACAAAAAGAAUAAGUUGGACUGUAUAGAUCUGCUGUCGCGGAUCGUCGCACGCUGAGAAGUACAGUUCGGGACAUCAUCGAGGCUGGCUAGAUUACGCAUGAUCACAGCCGUACCAAGUACAAGUAGUACAAGUCAGCAAGUACUUCAACACUCACAAGCGUAUCCAUACUUUUCACACAAAAGACUUGGCUCACUUCCUACCGAACAAUAUAGGCUUAACUUUCACUUUCGACAUUCUCAACUUCCCCCGCAAGUUCCAUUGUGGCCAUCAUGUCGGCCAUAAUAUCCGCUGUAACCCACGUCUUCCAUCUCCCCCACCUCAUUUAGAGGCCACUAAUGCCGAAUUUUUAAAACUUGCGCACUCCCAUUUUAGGUCCUAUGUGGAGUACUCAAACAAACGAAUGGCAUCGAUGCGAUUUUUUUCACAUUUUUCUUUUCUAAAAUCGGUUGUACGUCGCAUUCGUAUGCCCAAUCCACGAAACCUCUAUUACCACCGUUCCGACAUUAAGGGAGUCCUUGCUUCAAAUUUUAUCGAUGGGGUCACAUACACUACCGUUAUCACGUCGUCUUUAGUGUGAUGUCAAUUAAUUGUCAUUUAUUAUAAUCCUUACCAGUUUUCCACUGAAAUAACCUGUGCACCAAAUUUCGUAAAUACCAGAUUUGCCAUAAGUGGCAGGGGAUCAAUGGUCAAGGUGUGUGGCGUGUUUCUUUUUGACGAAUUUAUUUGUACUUUUAUUUUCCAAACCGGAAGUACUGGCACUUUUUAAUUGCUUUCAUUACUAAAGAGCGUCCUCAGCUUUCUAACCAGUCGUAUAGUGGCGUCUUACACAAAUGUGACCUGACUACAGGGCGGAGUACAGCUCUCCUAUUUUGUCCCGGAACUCCAUUCUAGACGAUCGCACAGUGACAAACAUUUGAGAUCUAACUGAAACCGGAGUGCAGGGACUUCCCGGCUUAAUCAGCACCGACUAAUUUAGGGCGGGUUAAUAAUCUCAAAUAUGUCAGGCGGUUGCGCCCGUCUUCUUUGACUUUGCCAGUAAUGUUUCACCCUGCUGCUUUUGCAUCUUCCAGUCGGAAAAGCCGCCGGCAAAUUCUGCCACGGCAGACAUCGCCACCUUAGUUGAGACGCACUUUGCGCGCUCCGAAUGCGUAACCGGUGCGGGAGAGUGCGAGGCUUGUGGCCGGGAGAGUGUGCGAGAACGCCAACUCAGUCUGCGACAUCUGUCACCGCACGUCCUCAUCGGCCUGAAUCUCUUUGCAUACAACCGUGCCACACAAGCCUGUCACAAGGUGAUGCGGCGUGUACGCAUCAACGAGCUGCUUUCGGUCCGUGUGCCAAAAAACCCCCCACUCUCACAGCAACCAUCUGUGCCUCCUCCGGACACCUCAACCACGGAGGCCGCAUCCUCCUCAACCUGUCAAGUCGUCUCUCUUGACGGUGAGCCUCGCGAACAACAGCCAUUGCCAUCUCCAGCCCCCGAUGUCGCCGACGAGAGCAGUAUUCAUGUGUACAAACUGCAGGGCAUGAUUCUGCACCAUGGCCUCUCUCUGAGCUGCGGACACUACACAUGCGUUGCGAAGGUGGACAGCAACUGGGUCUCCUUUGACGACUGUUCAGCGUCCUUCACUAGUCUGGAUCAAGUCAAUCGUCAACAGUUUGCCACCCCUUAUCUCCUACUUUACAGCAAAGUGUAGUGAUCCGCGCACCUCCAACCGCAGUAUUUCAGUACUCGCUGUCUUCUUUGCCCUUCCACUCAAUCUCCCGCACCCCAUCACUCCCAUAAGACAAUUGAUUUUGCAAUUUUAUUUCGUCAGUUCUUCCCUCCACUAACGUGUCUUUCCUCACACGUGCUCCUACAUGACCACAGAAACUACCGCCAUUUGCUUUCGCCCUGAUUCGAGGUGGGCUAUUCACACAUUUCCACGGCGAUUUCUCUCUGUGCCCUCGUCCUCCUUGCUGUUGAAUUUUAUUUAGACUUGUAUAUUUUUAACGAAAAGAAGACUGUUAAUAUUUGGAAACAGCAGCAACAGCAGCCAGACUAGUCAAAGUGUCCUGUCUCUGAUUGCUCAAUCCUAGGUGCACGCCACUACAAAUAUCGGCUAAGCCGGAGCACAUUCGGACGGCGAGAAAGGGCUGUGAUUAAUUGUCUGCAUGCUGGGGUCGGUCGGUCGGCCGAGGUUAAAGCGCCCCUUGAAUCCAGAGGAUGCCUAUCGAAGGUCUGUACAGAUUUAACGCUUUGAUUUCGGAAUGUUAACAAAUGUUAGUAGUUGAGGCGGUCCCUGACAUACUGCUGACGUCUGCCAUAUUUGAGGGUAGAUGGAAACGUGUUUCGACCCAGUACAGGCACUUAUUAUCAAAACUAGUAGGCGGAGUUCCUAUACGGAAGUAGCCGUGUUUGAGCUCUCAGCGAAAGGCGCUCGCAUUCCCAUAAUUAACUUAAUCCCCAAAAUUGUGGGUAAAGUGAUUGACGAAGAAGUUUCUGCGGAUGGAGUCGAGAACGGUUUUUGGGAGAAUUCGCACUACGGCUCUAGUCAGAUCAGUUCUGCAGUAUUUGCUGUUCGGAAGUACAUUCUUGUAUUGGCCCAUUGUACCGAGAACAGAUGGCAUGUUCCUUGGAUCGACAUCACUUCUUGGGUCGCUGCGGCGGCGGCGGCGGUGGUGUUGGUGGUACGCUGGAUGCAGUAUCUCGGAUGGACGUCGUCCCACGUCGGUCUGCUCAUCCACAAGAAUUGCGAAGAUCGAAAUAUUCUGGGACCGUAUCUCUGACUAGGAGAGGGCACCUCGUGACUACUUACUGUCGGUUUGAAGAGGCGGACAGGUAUAAGGUACUCGGAGCCACAUCUUUGCCUAACAAAUGAAGUAUGGAAACGCCGUCUGACUCGAUGCAACUCACGGAACUUUGAGAGCUUUCGAAGGCGUCUCUUGCGCCGUCGCUACAUCGUUGCCACCAUGGUGCGUGUGUCUUUGGCACUCGUCCGAUCGGUCCUCAUAUAUGGCCGCAAAUGUUGAAAGUGGUUAAGCAACGAAAAACCGAAGUUUUGGCUACCGUUUCCCGUGAUAGAUUCUUUAAGUAAAGUACUCCAAAGGGACAACCGCACAUUCCGUGGCAGCAUUAGUAAGAUAGUUAGGAUAAUACAAGAAGAGGGCCGAAGCUAUUCGGAUACAUUCCCCGUCGCCCGACUCUUGGACACCAUUAAGUUGUCCUCACUCCGACACUUGCCUGGCUAUAGGUGACGACAUAGAAGUCAUCUCAGCGCUUAGCUGGACGCACUCCGUCACGACAUAGAAGUUGUUUUUAAGCCUUCCUUCGACACUGACGACGUGAGUGGUUCGAGCUAUCCAGAUUCGCUACCACCUGCCGUCACUCACAAAGGAGUAAUAUUCCCAGCGUUGGUGAGGUUAGUUACAUCGGCAAUAGCUAAAACGUGGCAGUUAGAAGGAAGUAAGCAUUCCGGCUUUGCCGACAUGACAAAAAUUUCACAAGCAGGGUGGAAGGAGUGCAAAUAAGACCAAGUGCGCUGGUCAGAGUGCAAUAACUCCUUACAUCCGACCUCCGUACGGGCACCAACAUCCAGGAUUGCAUUUGCUGAUAGGCGACAGUCGUCUCUCAUUUGGUAAAAGGUGCUGUAGAUACCAGUGCUCGUGGCCGUCCUCCGUGUCGCCGAAAAUCGCCCUUUAGCAGCGUUGAGGAAUCGGACGAAUAAACUUUUCUUGUCGCUGCUCAGACACUUUUCUGCUUUUUCCUCUGAGAAAACUACCUUGGAAACUUCAGCAGUAGUCUCUGGGAGAUGAGACCUAGUUCGCUAAUUAAGAGACUGGUUGACCGCGAUUACUGGUGGUGUUUGGUGCCAAGUUUGAAAAUAGUCGAUACUCUGACAGGCUGUAUGUCCGGAUUGAAGUAUGGAUGCAGCACCCAGAGGCGAAGUCUAAUUCCACUGUGGCCGCCAAACUUAUUGUCGGUUUCCUUGAUGUGGUCUUUUAGUUGAAACACGUCGCAGCGGAUGAGAUGGAGGCUGACAAUGGGCAAUCAUUUCCCUCUAGGAUCUCCCUAACGCUUACUCAACACCCCACGGCAGCUUAGAACCCGUAACUUUAGGCCUUUCUGGGCUGUACGAUGCUUGCUUCUUGGGGCUGAGGGCCGUGCUGCGAUAUUUGCUUCUCAAUUCGACAUCUGCAGCAACCGCAAUUGGUAUGUCCACUGGUAUGUGAGGUCGGGUUUGGUUUAGAGAAGGUACAAGCGCAUGUUUGACACGCGUCAACGGUAGUUAGUGCCUGGGCUUUUACUGGCUCCCAAUUCAUCUGUUUUCUGAGUUAAUCUCGCUGCAGGAACGUAAAGACAGUGGGAACAAGUAGAUAGGUUGAUGGUGAACAGAAGUUCCUAGCAUAAUUCCACCUCAGUUUUACACCACAAAUGCUUGGUAUUAGUGGUUCUCAACGAAAAUGAUGGGUAAACUUUCAUAGUCGAGUGACGAUUCAUUAAAAUGCCAACUACAUUGAUUUUUAUGUUGUACAUUGUUUGGCAACAGGAAGUCCGCAAGCCUACCACUUCCGUCCUAGACGGAAUCGAACUGUCAACUUCUCAAAUUCUGGUCGGACUGUCUGCUGCCUGAGCUAACAGGGUGUCACCGCUGAUGCUACGACAUGACGGGCUGUCUUAUUUAGCAUUAACGAGGCGGACGGAUUAUGGCCUGCGAUACGCUUCUGAACUGUUAAGCAGGCAAAGAACGCAAACUAAUGCAGUUUUAAUGAGAAAGUAAUCCUACUUAUGUUAAGAAAGUAGGUGUUCUGAAGAAAAUUCACUGACCCUGGACCUAAUUAAGUCGGCACGCCGUCGGCAUCGCCAUGAACAAGCAUCCAGAAAAGGGCAGGUUCGGUGAAUCAGAACAUCAUGAACUGCAAAUCAGAUACUGUUUUAUGUCCGACCAUUGAUAUAUUUGAUCCAGUAUCACAUGCCGCAUAGGACGUUUGAGGACAAAAAAACCAUAUCGCCCAUCAUUAAAGUAUUUGUGUGCAACGUGGAGAAUUGACGAGACUCUAAUUUUCACCAACUAGGCAAUGAAUAACUUGUGCUACAAUAGUUUUGUAGUUCAAUGGCCUAGUGGGAGAGGUCACCACACCUUGCUGGGAAUUUGUUGUGACUAGUUAAGAAAUAAGAACCUGCCCAACGUGUGCAUCUUUCUAGUCGUUUAUAGGUUUAUUUCGCCACAGUCGAAUAAAAAACUUAGCCAUCCAGACUUUCUACCACUGUUUGUAGUGAGUUCAUUAGAAAAAUGCCCUCAAACAGAGAGCAGAUUCAAAUCUACGUCUGCUAUGUGAGAUUUCCAAAGUCAGACCACAUAUUUUACAUCAAUCACACGCACCCCCUACAGUCAGUCCGCCUAGUUCACUCCGCCUGACGUGUGAAGUUCCUGUCGCUAUGCGUUAAACUGAUGGAAUUAUGGCUUUAAGAGUCAUAAAGGCACCUUAUGCUUGUUCAGUCACAAGGCAUGUGCUCUCUGAUUGUAAUUAAAAUCGGUCCCUACGGUGUUGUCGUAAUUUAUUCAUUACAUGCGUUAAUUGAACACUUUGCGGUUGUUUGAAGUAGCCCUUAAAAGUCGAUUACACCGGUGUUUAGUCAAGCUGAAGAUAAUUAAUUAAUUCGGCUCUUACAUUUUACAAACAUCCCACGGUUCGAUAAGGACUGACUGGUUUGAAUCGAGAUUUCGAUGUCAAGUCCUCUUCCCCUUAAAUGUUGUCACCAUAGAAGACAGUACGCCUUCGCUCAGAGCCAAUCAUAUUUGUUGCCAAACUGACUUAUCAACAGGUGUAAUCUCCAUUUGGUGCUACUUUCUAGUCGAAUUACCUCUUCAGGUAAAUUUUGCUGUUAAUGGGAUUUUGUACAAACUUGUCGCAAAAUAAUCGGGCCUUUUAAGUUAAACAGACAAAUCUAGGUCUUAAAAGCAAAGAAUGUGAGGGCUAACAGAAAAGACUCGUUGAAGAUAAGCUUUAGGGAGAUGUACUAGACAUUUUUGGCAAGAGACCAAUCUAGAAUAUCGUCUAGAUAAAGGCGAUAUUUGUUUACCCGAAAUCUAACUACUUUAAGGAAAAACAAACCACUAGUUCUACUUUCCCACACGUUUCAAAGCGCUUUAAUGGGAUAUCUAAACACCCAAAGCCAAAUAGCAGCUCAGUCCGGCGUCUAAGAUGACUUGAGCGUUCCUCAGAGCAAUAAACACCACAGUGUCUAGAUAUGAUCCCCGGAGUGUUCUACCAGCAUCUCCUUCUUAUCCUAAUGGCUAUUGUAUCAAAUAGUGACUAAAAUUGUGCAGAGUUGGAGUGUACUGCAUGGACGCAAGUAUAUCGCUGAAUGUGUCCACAGAACGUUCAAGACGAGGCAAUGGCUCGUAAAAAAGUUAUGCAAAGCCGCGGAAAACACUUCCGGACUUUAACUGAGAGAGUUCUUGUUAUCUUCCGCUCCUGGUGGCAUUAGUUGGAAUGCUGUUCCUGAACGCUUGUUCCCCUUGUAACGUAGUAAGUUGAUUGCUUGACCAACUGUAACCUAAUCCUCCUCUUUGUUGGUUUUUGUCAUCGUAGAUCGGGAACGCUCGUGACCUGCGAGUUGCAUAAUAAAAGUCAGUUGAAAAGGGCCCCCCUUCUGCUGUGAAUUCUAGGCGGAUCAGGCGUGUUUUCGAGAAGAAAUCGGUCUGGAAACUGUUUUCAAGGUUUGAAGUUCACCCAGUUCCGCCUAAUAACUACACAGUGAAAAAACGAUCUGGCCAUUUUGUCCCAACAUUUGAUCAAGUUUGAGUUUCGGUUAAAGGGUACCAUGGAUAAAAAAUAAGACGACUCUGAUUAGUAUAGGUUCGUUGGAAAGGUUCAUAAGCUAAAACUACCAUUUUGUCGUUGUUGAAAUAACCAGCGAUGAUGCUCAAUGUUCAUAAGCAUUACAACUUCCCUUGAGUGAGUCUUUACAUUGCAAAGCACAGAUAAGAAGCUUGAACUACUUUUCAAUAAUGUUCAGUGGAGUGCAUAUGCAGAGGACACUCGCCGCCAUUUCUCUUGACGCAUCAACUCGCCCUAACAGCUUCGUUUGUCUUCCUCACCGAUUCCAGAUACACCGCCAAGGCGCGUAGCAACAACUAACCUACACACAUACAGACAUCAUAGCGGGUUCACAGUUGUCGGGUAGGCUUGCCUACUCCGUGCCAAGCGAUGAAGCAGAUGUUAAUUUUUUUUCCAGCGGUGGAGAUCUGUCCCAGUAACCUUCAAAAGUUUGUUUUGAGCACGUUUCCCUGCCUCACCCUUCAUAGAUGCCACACCCAGGCGGGGAUUUUAAGAGAGCUGAAGAUUCAAUAAAUAAACCUGCAGACUGAAAAAACUAUCGAAUUUUAUUUCCACUUCCACUUCAUGAUGUAACGUAGCCAAAAUUUUCUCUAAGCAAUGGCCAUCACUUCGCAUUACCGAAUAAGAUUGGCGAAAAUUACUAAGGUCGGAUGCCGCUUUUCCCAGAGGAGAUCUUGUGGCUCCUAGGUUAUGCUAAAUAACACGCCCGCCAACCGAACACAGCUUGAGCCCAUGUGUAAAACGUACGCAUUGCCUACUCACUGGCUGCUAGAUGUUUCAUCAUACACAUUGGUGAUUAUAGAUAGGAAGGUGGUCAAAACACGCAAAAUAUGCUGGGAAGCCCAGCUGUAUAGCAUUAAAACCAUUCAGAAAACGCCGUUGUAUACGUGUGUUUAUCUUAAGAAAAUGACGCUAGGUGCGACAGUCCUCAUCGUUUGUUUUAAAGACUCGGUACUCCAUCCAAACCCUCAGCAGCGAAUUUUGAAUUCGUUGUUGAUGGGAGACGAAGCGAUGUAGAGGAGUACGCCUAUGAGUUGGAUCGUUCACCAACUUCGCGCCAACCUUAAACAAUUGCCUAGAUUGAAGCGAGCUCUCUUCGCCCUCUCUCCACUCUUUUCAGUCCAUGGGAGGCAGAAACCCAAGUGCUUCCUACGUAGGUCCGGUCUUGUGAAGAUAAGUGAAGCAUGUAACGGGCCGAAUCCCCGCCAUAUCUACAGUACCGUAGACCUUUUGCUGACAGGGCUAUCCAUAGGCAAAAUUCACAAGCUAAACGUAGAAUUCCCACUGAUGCCCCUUCAAGACACGAAAAGCGUAACUGGGGAAAAUUCACCGAGUCCAGUGCCAUUGAAUAUCGAAUAAGGGAAAUGAUGGCAAUAGCUACCAGAUGCGUCAUUGUACUGUGUCUGUGGAGAGGUAUUCUGAUAGACAACACAAAGGUUGCCGAAUCAGAAGUCAUGGGAGACGGAGUAGGUUGUGCAACCUCGACUACUGAGGAGGUGCGUACACAAGGCUCUGCAAGCAGUGGCCGUAAGCUGUCUCUCCAGGAGAGUUUUGUCCAUGCGCCCGUUGAGAUUAUUAGACAUCAGACCACGUGUGGGCGCGCCUUUCGCUCUGUCCCAGUUGGCGUCCCCCAGCCAAUCGAAGAAGAGACAGCGUUGAUCGUUUUCGAGCCCUUGUGAGGCUAGUAACAAGCCUUGCGCGCUCCCAGCAGCGGAUCGAUAGGGAUCUUGAGACGGUCAGAAGGGUGGAUAGACGAAGCGGCAUAGAGCAAAGAAACGCGGACUACCACGCGUACGCCUCUAUUAGUGGUUAAAAUACGCAAAAUUUGCGGGCGAUUUUCCAAAUUUCCGAGAUCCAUCCCUUAUCAGACUUUUUGGAAAACAUCGCUAUAUGGGUACGUCUAUUUUGAAACAGUAUGCUAGGUAGGGCAAACCCGAUUUGCAUGAGCGGGUUAGUGAAGGAUUCUAUGCCGUGUUUACCCUCUUGACCGUCGGCAUGACAUAUUGCUCUGCGUAGAACUAGUCUUCUAUUCCUUAAUUCUUCACCUGUUUGCUUAUUUCUAAAACAGUUGACUUUAUUUGUGGCAGAGACUACGUAAACCGCCGAGGGUAUAGUUUGUACCCGGGGCCAGAAACAGGUAACCUAAGCAGCCUGUCUAACGGGAAUGGCCGUAAGAGGGGCUUUAUGGCUAGGGCCAUCGAACACAUGAAUAAGUAGAUGGGGAAAGUAGAAAAGAAAAUUCCACCAAAAACUUCUAAUGCGCUUAGAAGGUAAACGGUAAGUAAGCGUACGAAUUCGAAAAAGAGACUAAAAACGGUAGUCAGGGAAAUCCCGGCAGCUGAAUAAGCCGCCAUCAGUUACAAAACUGAAGCUCAGGUUCUAAGGAAAAUAGCAGCCAAUGGUAAAUGAGCGCAGGCGGUAAACGGCGUGCAAAUAACGAAGAUUGAGAACUACACCAGAUGGCUUAUUAUGGACAAGAAUUCACGAAAUAUGCAAAACGAAGAACAAGAAGGAACUCUUACAAGGUAAGCUACAUGACGGCAAGAAAGAAUAACGAGAAAAGUAAAGUUUAUUAAUGUAAACAGGCAUGGCUUACAAAUAGAUAUGUAGGUAUAUGUAUUGAAAAUAAGUCAGGGUAUAUAAGGUAGAUUUCAGAAUGGAAACAAAGUCACAACAGGAACAUUGAAGCACAGAAAGUUAAGUUGUCCAUGUAGGUGUAAGCAUGAAUAUCUGUAAGUAGGAGGUAAUUUCAAUAAUAAGGAAUAGCGGUAAACCAUAAAUUAAUUUUUUUAGACGCAGACGUACUGGAGCCGCCCCGAAAUAAAUUACAUUAAGGGGGCCCUGUGUCAGGCCAAGCUGUCUGGCCCACAUUGACGAGGUAUUUUCUGUCCCAGAGAUCGUGUAUUCAUCUUCUUUAGAUACUAUAUCGUCUUAUGGUUUGGACUAAAUACCACCGGUCUAAAACAGGCAUGGGGAACCUUCCUGUUCCGCAUCCCGGAGGUGUACUUUGUGAAGUAGACGAGCAAUGGAUAAGCACGAUGGAACUGGUACGCAAAAGCCAAUAUUCUGAGCUGCAGAAAGUUUCAUAUGUAUAAAGUAAUUUCAAAGUACUCAGCCUCUGAUAUCCAGUAGAUUGUGGACAAAACUUUCGCACGGUGUCCAACACAUCCGGGAUGAAGAGCACAAUAAUAAGUCCAUAUAGAGAUUCCUGCAACGCCUGGUUCCCGGGGCGGUUGUUUAAAAGCCGGUGAAACACGUAGAGCAAGCUAAAGCCAUGGCCUAAGUGGUACACGGGAAAAGUGAUAGAAGGACGCCUACUUAAAUGAAGACAGUAGCGAGUAUUGUAUAUUAUUAUGCAUGCCUGGGGUAAAACCAUACCCUUACGCAUAAACCAAUUAGAAAGACGCGGAGGAGGAGGAGGAGGAGGAGGAGGAGGAGGAGGGGGAGGAGGAGGAGGAGGAAAUGCGCUUUAUUUUGAAAUCGUAAGUUCAAAAUUUUCAGCAAAAAAUUGGCUCCAUUCACUGUGGGUAGUAAAUAAGUUAAGAGAUUAUUCAACAGUCAAAGAAACGAUUAUUAUGGGGAUAGUUCAAGUCUGAGCUUCUGUAUUUCUGUCUCUUCGCACGUAAGAUAGCACACUAGGAAUGGCAAUACAGAGGCUCGAUAAGCCGAUGUGCGACAGGGUAUAAGACGGAAGUUGCGGCGCAUCGGGCGGGAAGACUUGGCAGCCAUAAGAUCGGAAUGUAGGGGAUGGGCAACGUCAUCUAGAAUUCGACCAGCAACUUGCUUGACCGCAUUGAAGUGUCGUUGUAAGAUUGUGUCAACUAAAAAAAUAUAAGAAACGCCAGCAACAGAAGAGAGCAUGCGGAGGAUUCGUUUCAAAAUUAAAAGAUCCUUUUUUAACAAAGCAGGGAAAACGACAGGAGAACAGUAUAGGAUAAGAGGAAGAAUGCAGGCAUCAAUGAAUCGCCAGACUAAGGGUUGAGGUGUGUAGUAGGAACGCAAACGACGAAUGUAGUAAAGGAGUUUACGAACUUUAAUAAAUAGGGACUCAAUAUGGAGGGAAAAAGAAAGAUUUGAGGACAAAGUAACGCCGAGAUAACUGAAAGAGGAUACCUCAUUAGGAAGAAUGUCAGAGGAAUCAGGGUUAGGAGAGGGCCGCAGUCGAAAAAUACACUGAACGGAUUUUUGGUUGUUAAUUAGGAGACCAUUAUCCUCCGACCACGCUAGGACAUGGUUUAGGCCAUCCUUUAGAGACCGGAGGUGUGUCUGACUUUUGAGAGGGUGUCCAACAACCACAUCGUCAGCAUACUCGAGUAUUCGUGCAUUUCUUCCGGCUGCUAUGGCUUCUGUUGUCAGAACUAAUCAUGGGCGAGCGACACUGACACCUGAUAACCGAUUCAUGACAUGCAUUCUGGAGGUAUUGUUAUGGCGCCUUAUUCUUUUCUCUUUUUUCGGCAAAGCUAGGGUGUAUGACCCCAACUAACUUGAGCUAGACUGUGGACCCCGUCAUGCGUUGAAUGACGGUAGAGGGGGUUUUGUGGGCGGGGAAAUACGCAGGACGGAGAGCAGGUGGAAUGCAAAAAGACGCAGUAAGUAAAUAAAUUUCUGCUAAAAGUCUUACUGUACGCUGCUAUUUGGCAAAGGAAGUGAGCGCAGCAAUCAAAAAACAAACAAAAGCAGUUUUCAGAUAUAACGGACUUCAAAUAAACCGCCGAUGGUAAGUUAGCAUUAAGACAUGAAGGCAAGGAAAUCCCAGCCAAUGGGAAAAGGGGAUAAUAAGUGGUGUUUAUGGUCACAGGGAUUUUUACCGUACACGUUGGAGACGCCAAAUACGUGAGGUCUGCUACCCCAUAUUUACCUUUUUUCUUCUGAGUGGGGAUGGCUACGAGGCCUGUACGCUGUCCAUAAGAUAAAUCUAAACGGAAAAUUCAACAAGGCGGUCAGCACUUUUAUCUUGUCCACCUCUUCCAAACAGGAAACCAGAGACGAUCUGCCACCCAGAGAUGCCUUCUCAGAGGCUGUCUAGUGUCUUCUGACCGUGAUUCAGGUGCGAGUACUGGAACUGCAUGAGAGAAAACAACAGGAACAUGUGAAUGAGAAUUUUCAGGCCUCAACUAUUUAUGUAGGAGUAAGAACUGAAAGGUCCUCUCAUGACAUUAAGACGCACCGGGACACCGCAUUAUCCCUGGACACCAGAUAUACUUCAUUACACCCCCUGUAUGCGCCAACAGUUCAACUUCUUCGACGUGCCCUCUGGUGCGAACCACAUACUCCUUCACAGCACAGACACGCCGUCUCAAUACACAUGUAGUGGUCCAACUCCGGGCGCAUUUUACGACGCGAGCGUCUCGCGGCUACUUGGACACGGCCUCGCUGAAGGCAAUGGACUGCUGCCCUAAUAUCUCACACUCGGAGAGCCGUCCUCCCGGCGUCGGACGUGCCCUCGUCCGGCUUCUAACUCCCUCCAACCCCUUCUCCACUUAUCCUUUACAGAAUGCAACAUUGUCCCAACUGGCGCCCCACUUCUCCUCUUCCUAAUUGAAACAGGGCCUGAUAGAUUUAGUGGCUGCGGUCUCCCUUCAGCUCAAGCUGCUGUGAUACAUGGUACUGACUGGAACUGAGAGUCAGCCCUACGGUUUCCUAUCUUAGUUCAGUGCCUUUCAAUAAAAGCUUACGAUGCACUGGCCUGCUCGUCCCGGCCUUCCUAGUAUAUCUGUUUUCAUCAUUGUAGUCCACAAAAAUCACUUUUUUCGCCCUAUUUGUGACUGCUUUCAUUGUGACGAUAAGACGCAUUGCCAAACAUCGGUUAGGUAUGCCCCACUUCUAGUUGAAUGAUUGUUAGUUCCCGCUGUCCGGGCACCGAAGGUUCUCUCCUGACCUUCUUUUCCAAAACUGCACGUAGUUUUCUCACCGUCAAGUCUCCCUAGUCCUUCAGAGAAGAGUAUGGCUUUUCGAUUUCUACCCACGAGGAACGCAGUGACAAAAUUCCAUUGGAUGCAGAUAGGCCACCUCCGAUAAUUUCAUUUGAAUAUGUCAAUUUGUUGGAAGUUGAGGUACUCCAAUGCUACUACUUCAGUAGGUCUUCGUCCUCUCUCGUAUAUGGACUUCGCUCGUCGGUCAAUUGCUAGAAUUAAUCAGAAGACCAUUGGCAACCAACACGAAGGAAUCCUCUUUCACUAAGCACUAGGACCAUAACUUGGACAAUAACGACCUAAACAAACCGCAUCACGGAGUUUUGACUAAGCUGACUUCCAUCUAAGCAUUCUCCCUUUUGCUACGCCUUCACUAUUAUCAGAGCUUUAUAUCUGUCAAUUUUAAAAUCCCCGAGCUAGCAAAUCAAGAACAAGCUCUGGUUGUGGGCUUUGAAAAAAGUAAUCGGUGCCGUGGUAGGCGGCCCGUGAAUGUUCCAUCAUUUUGACGUCUUCAUUUGCAAGGCGCGGUGAAAUAGUUACCCUGAUAUGCGUGCCAUCCUCAUGAGUGUUCAUAUGAUCCUGUCGCCCUCCCCUCCCCCCCCCCAACCCAACCAUUGCUUUAGGUCUCGAAAUUCAUCUACCGUUUUGUACCACGAACAGGCCAAUCGAAAAAAUAACGGCCGGUGCUUUUUACAACGGUGUCUCAUCAACGGCGAAACGGAAAGCUAGCCUAAGAAGUCGGAACUCUUCGUAACACUGGAAGGAGCUUCUGCUUGCUGCAAAAAAGCUAGUAAUUUGUACACUGCUAUGAGACUUCGGUUGGUAAUUUUGCGAUUGUCACAGUAUGCGGAGGUUAUGUCGUAGAACUACUCGUUGUGUAAUUUGUCAGUGUACAUUCCCACUCUGUAAACCCACGGUCCGCCCUGCAUGUACUACGUUCACAUUCUCCGCCGUCCAUCAUGACAACAUCGUCCACGGUAAUGCAGGCGCUCAUUGAUAAUCUAAUAGAACGUUCCAUUAUUCACGCGAAUAUUAACAGAACAGCGUUAGCAACAUCGGUUCCUUCCGCCACCAUGAAAAUUGCCUCAGUGACGCUUAAGUAUUGACGAGGAAAGAUGACUCUGUAACAGAAAUUUCAUCCAAUUUGCACUCUAUUCAUCCUUUUUCCUCUGAAAUCAUAUGUGCAUUCUUGACUUACCCUACAGCGAAUUUUCAGUAGUUUGUCAUGAAAAUGAUCAUCUGACAAACAUGGUCAGCCGAAUCUGAUCAUUCUCCGCGACCAAACGUUCAUAAAACUCCGUGUGUAAAUGACACAUGCACAGUUGUAGCGGACAAGGAGAAGACUCAACUCACGUAGAAUUCUGCUAUUCCUCCUGCCGUCUCUCUCGUUUCCAUACUAAUUAUUCCGGAGUAGAAGUCAAUCAUUGUCACUGUCACAUAGAACACUUAUUAUGCUUACUGCCAUGGUGUGUAGGCGAAAUGCCAGUUCGCUUUUAAAUCUCGAAGGAACAGUUGUUUUGACUGCGGUAGGUUUGCCCUGCCGAUUGAGUAGAAGGGACAGCCGAUUAAUUCCUACGCCUGAACGGUACAACUGCGACUUUGGAGGUGGGCCCCUCGCGAGUGUCUGCACGUGCACACCUGGCCUGUCCGGCGUUUGCCCAUUCGGUUUUCCAACUGACCAAUCAGAUUCAAGACUGGAUCAGACGUGUCCUACCUUGAUGCAUUCCCUGACGGACACCUGGGAGGCCGCUGUGCUGGCGCUGGAGACAUUUUCUUCUGGCUGCCACCUCCUUCCAAUACCUUCCCCAGUUGUUCUGUACGGGAUAUAUAAUCCUCCCAAGUGACGUCCAUCCUCCCUUUUGAUUCGGGACCUGGCCUGAAGGUGGUGUUAGCCAGGGUAUCACUCACAGCUUCCGCUUCGACAAUACGGACGCUUAAUACGAAUCCGGGGGAUUCAUGGUUCAACUCUGUCGCACAGCAAAUAUAUUCUGAUCUAUGAGCUUCCCAGUUCAUAUAGUUCACCGGAAGGAAGCUCCUACUUCCUUGUUGUGUUCUGGAUAACAAGUUGCUUCCCAUUCGCCUUUUAUAUAAGCUAGAAGACGGCUAACCGAGUUCCAAACAUUUGCUAGAAUUUUGGAACAUGAUAAUAUGCGUAGGAAAUCAGGACGCCUUCUUCAGAUGUCGCAGGAAACCGGAAAUUAGACAAGGAUCACCAACCCGUCGACUCCUCCGAACGCGGAUGGCCGAGCACACAGCAGCAGUGAGGAGGUGUGACGCCAGUUCCCAGGUCGCGGCUCAUCCGACGGGACCUAGCCACGCAUUCUAGUUUGACGAAACAAAAAUUCUUGCUAGAGGCGACAGCUGCGUGACCCGCGAACUGCUCGAGUCGUGGUUUCCCGGUCCUCAGUCAAUGAACAAGCGCAAAGACCUCCCCUCUCCAUAUUCCGCGCCGAGAAUUAAUCUAGGCACAUUAGUUAGCCGCGAGGAGAGCGUGCGGAUGACCACUGUUCUUGGUGUCAAUGUCGGCAAGCCAAAUUGCCCAGGAGUCCACAAGGAUGACGAAGUCCGACAGUCAGCAACUCGACCGUGUACGAUGAUCGUGGGAUCAGAUGCUCUUGACCGACACACGACUACAUAGCAAAUGUAUGACAGCUGCAUACUUCAACACGUGGUCAAUCGAGCCGUGAUGCACUCGGGAGCUGCCAGCUAUGCUAGGCGUAUGGCGGCCUAGCAACUACAUCCUAUAAAUACUGCAACACCUGGACAAUUUACCACCCUUAUUUGACUCUGUCUCUGAUGAUGGAUUCGAGGGAGGAUCCGAAACGUCAGGCUAAUAAAGCUCUUGUUCCAACGAUCGUGUCUCCUUCUUCGCAGUUUUCUGCAUUUUCGUGAUGAAUAGGCUCUGCAAACCCUUGUGGAUUAUACAUGUCUUAUUUACUCAAGCAAGCACUUGCUCGGACAGUUGCGCAUGAAACACCUCUAGCUAUGCGGGAUACUCCGUAUUUAAAGAAUACAAUUAGGUGACGACGUGGGGAAACCGCAACCGAAUGAAGCGAAGAGAUGACAACUCUGCUUUUGGGCUCCUGUCUUCAACACAGUCAGUGCACUCCGCCCAGGUUUUUCGAUUUUAGCCCGUGUAUAAACCGAGAAAUCGGAUGCUUUGAAAAGUGCCUAUUAAUCCUCGCCUUCUGGACAUCUUAAAAGACAUCUUUUUGGAUUGUCAAUAACGCGAACUUUAUAGGAAAAGGGAAAACACAAAGCGAUGAGAAAUAGUAAAUUUACUAGAUGUCUUAAUGGUUCAAGUAUUCAUUCUACGAAGUCCAUAAAUUGCUCAGUAGCUUACCACGUUUUGCUAGUUUGCCACAGAUGUGGGCUAGACACGGGAAUGUGUACCCCUGAGCUAACUUCCAGGGCGGUGCCUAUUCCUGUGUUCUAACAUCAUCUCAAGUCCCAAACCUGACACUGACAGUAACCCUCAUAAUUCUAACCCUAACACUAACCUCCGACCCUCCCGGAAUUUAGAGUAGGACCGCCUGCAAUCCGGGGGUCCAUAUUCCCAUGCCCCACCCAACAGUUUUCCCUUUAAAAGGGCUUGCGCAAGGAUCGUAGGCAGCGACAACUGCCCUAUUCACAACUGUGUAAUAAAUAAAAGACAUUGUGGACGGCAGCAGUGGAACAGUUGCCUGCUAAUAAACUGAACUCAGAAGGGACUUCUUCCAAUGAUGAACGUUAAAUUAUCUUUUUGAGAUUUCACAACAAGAUUUGUCAUAAGGUGAGGAUUAGACAUGACUGUUCCCUUAAUAUGGAGUCUGCAUCUACACAAACACCAAUACACUACCGCAAAUUAAACUCGUAUCAGAAAAUUUAUUGAGCGUUUUAAUCAAUUAUUCCAGUCGAUUGUUUUUUGGCAGACCGCAUCAAUCAGUCUAACACGUCAAAACCGGAAAAUCAGGAGGUUGUGUGCUUUAAGAGUGCCAGUUUUUUAGGGUGAGUGACCCCACGGGGAGUGGCUUUGAGCACAACCGCAAGUGUCCCUCAUCGCGUACGUUACCUUCGGUCAACACCGCCGCCUCACGCGUGUCAGCAACAGGUGAUGACUCGGAUCGCUGACUAGAUUGCUGGCUCGACGCCCAUUGACAAUUUGGCCUUUUCUGAUUGGCCGUCGCAUACCGCUGCUUACGAAGACAUCGGUUGUUAACAUCAGCUGCUCAGGUCUUUCAUAUGGGUGUGCGAGCUCUCGGCAAAGCUGCCCUGUCAUCCCUGCCUCGCAGACCGGGGAUUUGAGAAGUCUUUAGCGUCGGCUACGCGUACGACAGCCAUUAUAGCACGCAAAACAAAAUUACUUAGGCUACAAAAAAUAUCACGAGUUUUGGAGAGGACCUGUGAGUUCCACGUAAGAUAAUAAGUGUUUAACCGUCAUUAAAACACUUAGACGUUGCAUACAAACACAACUGUCCCGCUUGAUCUCAUUGGUGUAAAAAAAGGAGAAAGGCGGGCAGAAAAGUAAAAAUAAUCUAAGACCUCGGAAAACAUUGUAGACUUUCCAAGAGCUGCCUCGGAUGCUCGUUACAACAGAAAAUUAUUUAAGUACAAGUUGGCAUGGCCAGUGUGCUGAACAGGAGAUUUUCACCUUUUAGGUAGACACGUGACAUAGUACAGUCCACUCGCCUGCAGGUUAUGUUCAAUCGUAGUAUCAACAACUCCUGUCCUUGCUUUCCGUCAAAUCGCCACAGCGCCUUAGGGUGCCACUGAGAGUCAGUGACUUCUUAGGCAUAUUAGCUGGGCUGCUGACGGUGGAAUGUCGCAAUGAAUUUGCUUUUAGUGUCGAGCAACACUACGUAGGCUUUAUAAAGGUUUGGACAACAAUGCCAAACGUAAAAGUUGAGUUUUUGUGUAGUUUGCGCUGCGUUGUGUUAGCAGACAGAAGGCCGAAAUCAUAAUAAGUGGUUUAGUGGGGUUUAACUACAGUCAAAAUCCAAAGCAAUAUCUCCUAAAGUGUGAAGGCAAUCAUAAAAAGAGCCAGGUCACAAUGGCGCAGUGACUCCCAACGCUUUGAAGACAGGAUCAAAGCAUUUCCUUAAUAUGACAGUUUGACCGUCGAUGUCCACCGUAUGAGCCCAGCAGGGUGGGCGCAGACAUGGUGAUUUGGUGGUAGCACUCCCCCACCUGUGGCCCGGUGUCAUGACAGAGUCAAGACGACCGGAGGAGGGCGAGGACGCUGGUGACUGAUACGACGUGAAUCCGUGCAUAGGCGUGCCACCACAACGCUAGCCAUUGAUAUAGAACAGAAUACGCUUCCAGGGUAAAAAGAGAUUGACAGCCUGCAACAUUUCGGUACCAGUUGACUAGGAUGGAAAUACUUUCGUUAAUAUAUAACAGGUAUGUAGGGGAUGAGGCCAUCCACCGUUUAAAGCUGCUUUGCGUGUCCCCAAAAUGCUAACAGAAAAGAUAGGAGGGGAGACCGUUGUCAUGUAAUGCUAGCCCCUUUAAAGCCUGUGUAUUUGGAACGCAUUUAUUACUCCGCAGGCAUCCGAUGUUGAUCCAGUUUUCUUUUAAACGCCAACGCCUUCACACCUCUGUCUGGCUCAUCGUCAGCCCUCGUGCUUUUUCAUGUAUGCACUUAUGUGGGUUGACGUCACAGACAUGGGUGGGCUGGUGGAUCGAUAAUCAGAUGCAGGCCAGCGAGCCACAAUCCGGAGGAGUGUCAACUGGGGUAGCGCUCCGUAAAUCCUUCUGCCGCCGUGCGAAAACAACCGAAACCCUCCUCCGUCAUCGGCUUUUGGGGUAGGUUGCAGGACUAACCAUCUGACGGCAACAGAGUCAACUGUGAGCCUGGGGAAACUCCCACAUAAUUCUUUUGUGUACUCUGCUUCAACAAAAUACAUCGAACAUUAUAUCGGAAAACACUUUUUAGGCCUCAGUCAUGGAUAAAGAAAUGAGAAGCGGAAUCCUGCAAUCGUUUCAUUGGCCUGAAUACGAUGGAUACAUACGACACGACGCAACGAAGUACAGGAUAACUGGAGAGUAUUAUUCUAGCCAAAUUUUGGUUGUUCGCAGCUGUAGUCCUGAGGACCAAGUUAAUUCCUUUACCAAAUGAUAUAGGGGUGAGAAUUUAAAAACCUUGAUUUGGUUAGCCAGAAUUUUGUCUGGAGACCUUUAUGCAGAAACACUGGAAGCUGCCCCAUAGCCGUUACACUCGUCAAAAAACGGAAGGACUCUAGAGUGCAAUCGUAUCCUGCCCUAGAGAUUGUUUCCCGGGCGAACUUCUCGUGUUUAUGUAACCUGCCUCAAAGUGCACUCUGUGAUCUUCCGCAAACUUUUAAGAUGGAUUUAAAAGUAGUAGCUCCGAAAAACAUUUGUCGGCGCUUCCGUUUUGUGCCAUUAAGAAUGGGGCUUUCGGGCGUUCUAGUGAAGGAAUAAGCCGCAGUUCAUUAAAUUCAGUAGUAACCAUGAGAGAGCGACUGGUAUUUUCGUUGCAUUUGCCAGUGUUUCUACAGUACAUAGAACAAAGAAAAGUGCGUAUUGAAUUUCGAACGGCAGUCUUCCUCCAAACAUCCUAGUUGAAUUCUACAAAUGUGACCUACAGUCAGUGACCGAUCUCAUAAAGGGCCAACAGAAAUUAUGGAAUGCGGUUUCGAUUAGGAAAGACUACUUAAGUGUGGUUACAAUAUUGAUUAUCAUGCGACAUAUCCUAUGAUAUUUCAGACGCAGCAGAAUGCCGGCCUUUGAAUGAACUUUUUCCGGCCGCCUGGAAAAUCGGCACUCGGUAAAGAAACUACUUAUAUGUUGUAUGUAUUUUUCUAUUGAUUUUACUGCCCUCAUAUAGUCAAAUAUGUUCUAUAGAAAACACGCACGAAGUAUUCUUUGUUGUAUGUAGUUGGUAGAAAAUCAUAUAUUCUUCAACUUUUCAACUGUAAGAAAUGAUGUCUUUCAAUUUUAAAAAGAUUGGCCAAGAUCCUAUUUCGUCGUCGUACCUGUUAGGGAUUAGUAUUAUGGUUAUUGGUUGGGGGUUAACGGGUAGGAGUUGGGAUUAGAGGUUAGGGUUGCGGGUUAGGGUUAGGGUUAGGAGUCAGGCUGAGGCUUGUCUACUGCGGGCACGGCUACGAAAUAUGAUCCGACCACAGUUCGUGAUUAUGGAAUGCUUUAAGACAUUAAGAAGUCUUCUUAAAAGCAUCGUAUCUGUACGUUUAUUAAGAUUCUUUAUGAAAUAUAAAACGUUGUCCACAUCCAUGGCAAUUUUUUGGAGAUCUAUAGGCUACCUUUUUAAUGUCAUAGUGGAAUGUAUAAAUUUCCUUACGCGGAAAGUGUGCGGCUUUUGGACUGGAAACUUUAAACGCACUUUAAGUGUAAAAUUUGAAUAAAACGCAUUUUUCUUCCAGAGAUAGUUAUAUGCGGGUGGCUGGCUUGGUGGCUUCGGCGCAUCGCAACUGAGGGACCUGAAAGAAGUUCUUCUGUGCGUGCCGGAUCGGUUUCCGUAACCUGAUUGCAGCCGCCUCUGCCGUAGUCGGCAGACGCUGUCCAAUUGUUUCGGAUAGCUUGACGGAACCCUGUAAAUCACUCGGAAGGCCUCUCUGGCAUCUACACGAUGGUCUGUGUCUACUAUGUGCGUGAAGAUAGGGCUGUUAACGUUAUUUAUUUUACUCCAUCCUGACAGUGCUGGAAGAUGUUCGCUUGUUCGUUUGGACAGACGUCGACUCGGGCGACCAAUAUAUUCUGUCCCACAGGAGUGGGUGAAGGAGUAAAUACAAGAAAAAGGUCUGGGCUGGUAGUUGGUCCUUGUUCCCUCCGUAUAGGAUGGGACUAGUGGAGAACAGCACAAGGGCGUCAGCUGCUGGAAAGGUAAAGGAUACAGCUAGAGUUAGGCGUCGUCUUAGAAGUUCACUCGAGGCGUCCUCUUGAAAUGGGACGCUGAUGAAAAGCUUUCCCUUUCCUGACGUCAGCGUCGGGAAUUUUGAUGGUCUUUCGGCCAUGUUCUUAGCAAGGAAUAGACCAGGGUACUCUUCCUCGUGAAAGAGGCUUUCGACAGUCGUAAGCUCUCUCUCUCUCUCUCAAUGCUAUCAACCGAGUAACCCUUUGUGUUAAACAGAGGACUGAAUUACUUUUCAGGCUUAGCGAUACGCAACUCUCAAAAUUGGUGUAUUGCCCAGAUCACGUCUUCUAACGGUAGACGCUACGCCGAGUACUGUCGUCAGCCUUUACCCGGAAGCAGGUGAGGAAGGAGAAGGGAAUCAGACUGUUCUUCUUCCAGCGUAAAUGUAAUUGAUGAGUGUGUCUGAUUCAUAUCAUUCAGUAGAACUGACAAAUCGCUUUGUCCACCAUGCACUCCACAGCAGGGUGACAGCAGGGACGGGGACUGAAGGGUGAUGUAGGUUAAAGUUAUAGUAGACUUGCGCUAUAUCUGCCACACUCCCUCCUUCCCCACCUGCAUCCGGUGUCAAGACAGUCAAGAAGACCAGAGGCGAAGGGGGGGCGCAGGCAGCUGGCCAUCGCCCUCCAAAGGCUGGGUAACCAGUCCGUCGUCGACUGAGAGGCACCACCCAUAGAAUACACACACUCCUUGCAUGAGUGGGAGUGCCAGAGGUCACGUUAAGAGGGAACCGUUGCAACCUGAAUCUCAGCUCAUCGGUUCACCACUCCACAAAAAACACACACAACCGGGCUGGAUGCGUAAACUGAGCUGAGGUGUCAGUCAGCAACUUCCGGGCCACGGCCCUCGACGCAUCGUGAGGGAUACCGCUGCCAGCAAUGUAGCACCCGCGUUAAUCGUCUCAUAUUCAGGGGUCGUUUCACCAGAUCCUUCGAACGACUUUGCUGUAGGACCUAUGAGGAAGGGUUCCCCGAUCGACUAGUUAUGGUGAUUGAUAGACGUAUUUACACAAUCGUCCAGGCAGCCAGUCGUCAGAUAGCGAUGGAAAUGAGAAUAGAUUAUUGAGAGAUAUAGACAAAGCAAACAGUACGCAACAGGAUUACAAACGUAGAUAAUAUCCACGACGAGAGCCAAUCACGGAGGGGUCUCUCGGACAAUACUUGAGCGAACCACGCGGGAUUUAGAGCCGGAAGCCGCUACGGGGAUGAGACACUGCCCUCAACAGUCGACUCUGAAAUCACAAAAAAACGCUCUGCCGCUGUUCUCCCUCUUUUUGGGAGUCACUUUAGUUAAACAAAAAGAGAAUCAGGUCGCCUUUGCCCAUCACCCAAUCAUAGAUCACACAUGCAGCAGAUGAGCCACAUGGAGAGGGAGCCGAGAAGCACACUUCCCACUUAAGUGAGAGUUGUCAAUUGAGUGCUUGCUUUCUGUGGCGACGGGUGAGGUCUAUGUGUGGUGCAGGUGCUGGUGGGCAGAAGUGUGAUGGUGUGUUGGAGCCGGUGGCUGUUUACCGCAAGUUUUCGUGAAUACGCAUGCGACCCAAUAGGCCCAUGCGGUGGCUGGAUGUGCGGGGGGCAGUGUGGGUAAUUGAGACGAAUGCGUCGAGUGUAUGUGGAUGCUCCAGUUACUGGUUCGCCAGUCUCUGUAUGAUGGAUUCGACCGACCAGGCGGUGUAGGAGGUGAAUGUGCCAUCACGAUGAGGACAAAUUGGGACCGAGUCCACAUCUAUGGAGGUGGGAGUGAUGGCAACACUAAACAAAAGUCGUGACACAGUAGGAUUUGACAGCCGCCUGGAAUGACUAAACAGCCACGACCAGCUUGUCGACGGAGUACUUUUCCAAACAAUUUUUAGAUCACCUCAUAUACUUCAUCCCCCCACGGCGGGACAAGCAUUGCUUACACGGGGUCGAGGUAUCGUUGUUAGCGGGGAACAGUUUUCUAUUCUUUACAUCCUCAGGAAUAUCAGGAAGUUCCCUUCCUAGAGUAUUCCUUACUCAACACAUCCCCAAGCGUAUCCACUUGAAAGAUUUCACAAAGAUACGAUAGACAAUUUCGUGAUUCAAGAGUUUAUGAAAUGUGAAUAUUGCUAACAAACGUAAGACGGUGACAGAAAUGGUGUUGAAUUAUACUAGAUUAAAUAACAAGUGGUAAAGCUUGAUAAAAAAAACAUUGGGACAGGUAAUCGACUGCAUGGCUAGCUACCAAAAGAUAGGAUCGACGUUGAAAAAGGAUAGUUCGGAGAUUAUUUCGCAGCCGUACCUGCAGUGGACAAGUCCCGGCAUAACCCCUAACUCCUAACUUUAACCUCUAACUCCGAACUCCAAACCCCAACCCCUAACCUUAACCGCCGACCCUGACCCCUAAGCACAACCCCUAACCCUGACCUCUAACCCCUUCCCCCUAACCCUACCCCUUAAGAGGUACGGCUACGAAAUAGGAUCUUGCCAAAGGAGUGCAAUGAGAAGAUAUAAAAACGAACAAAACUUAUAGGUUGUGCAGGUCAGCUGGUUUCAGCAGAUUCGUACGAAUCGUUCGGUCCUGCGUUCCUUAAGAGGAAUCAUCAUUUGUUGUAUAAAAAAGAACGGGCCCUUCUGUUCUGCUUAACUGUUACACUCGUUCAAGACGCUGCUACGCAUUUCCCCCGGUCACUCAAGAUCUCUCUCUCAGGGCACCGGAUGUGCUUUAUCGUUCAGUUGCCAACGUAUUCCAACUGGUUCUCCAGUCUUUCUGCACAAAAUACAGUAUCCUCUCAACUGACGUCCAACGCCUCUGUCUAUUCGGGACCGGCAUUGAAGGUUGUAGAGAGCAGUAUCUGCUUACGGCUUAAGCCGCGACAAUCGGACGGCCGUGGGAUCGGCAGCUGCAACAACGGUUACCUUCUUCUUCUUCUUCUUCUUCUUCUUCUUCUUCUUCUUCCUCUUCCUCUUCUUCUUCUUCUUCUUCUUCCUGGACUUCGCGGAACCCAAUCUUCUGACGAAUACAUACUUCCAUCUUCUAAUAAGGGGAAAGGGUGACGUGGAUGCACCCUCGUCCGCACCAUUCGUAUCUGCUGGACUGAGUCAUACUUCAGAGGCGUCACCGGCGUGAUUUGCUCGUGAAUAAGACGGUGUGUGGUGGAUGCUGAGUCCCCAUGGUCUCGACGGCUCCAAUAACGAUGGCUUGUUCCUUCUACGAACCUGUGCAGAACACCGCCUCCUCCUGACCAACACCUUUUUACGCCUGCCAGGACGGAAGAAAGCCACCUGGAUGCACUCUUGGCACUUGCUGGACUAUGUCGUCGUCCGGAGGUGAGACCAGCGAGACAUGCUGGUGACAAAGGCGAUCCCCGUUGCCGACGGGUGAACCGACCAUCGCCUCGUCAUCUCCAAGAUGCGAAUUCGUCUACAGCCUCACGACAAUCGGUGACCUCAAGGUAAGCGACCCCCAGGUAAGCUGAAUACUGCUUUGUUGUCUUUGCCUGUUCACCAUCUCCAUUUCAGCAAUGAACUAACUCAACGACUAGCCUUUCAGUCGUCGUCGUCGUCGUCGCCGUCGCCGCUGAUGAGAGCGCCUCCGCUGAGAACCGAUGGUGUCAAAUAAGGGACACAGUUCAGUCUACGGCGCUGGCUGUCCUCGGUCGCGCACGACGUCAACACCAAGACUGAUUCGACGAAAUCGACGCCGCCAUCAGCAACCUUAUCACCCAAAAGAACAGCUUGCACAAAGCCUACUUCACUCGCCCCACCGACGACAAUAAAGCCGCCAUCUACCGCAGUUGCCGACUUGUGCAGCAGCAGCUGCGCGAGAUGCAGGACGCCUGGACUGCUCGCAAGGCAGGGGAGAUCUAAGGGUACGCGGACGGCAACGAAUGGAAGAACUUCUUCUCCGCGACCAAGGCUGUCUACGGUCAGCUAACCAAAGGUACUGCACCUCUUCACAGCGCCGACGACAAUACCCUACUCACCGAGAAGACGCAACUUCUACAGCGAUGGACCGAGCAAUUCAGAGACGUCCUCGACUGUCCCUCCACCAUCUCCGAUGCCGCAAUUGCCCGUUCGCCUCAAGUGGAGACCAACGCCGACCUCGACAUCCACCCUCUCUCUACGAAAUCAUCAUGGCCGUGCAGCAGCUCUCCAACUGGAAAGCGCCCGGAUCGGACGCGAUCCCUGCCGAGAUCUACAAGCACGGUCGCUCCCAACUAAUUGAUCACCUGACAGUACCCUUCUAGGAAAUGUGGUAUAAAGGAGAAGUCCUGUAGGAUUUCAAAUACGUCCCAAUUGUGCAUCACUAUAAGCUGAAGGGAAACCGCCAACUCUAUAACAGCAAGUGAGGCAUCUUCUUGUUGAACCUUACCGAGAAAAUCACUGCUCGCAUCCUUAUCAACCGUCUGAACAAUCAUUUAGAACAAGGCCUGCUGCCGGAAAGCUAAUAAGGCUUCCGCCGUCAUCGUGGGACCACGGACAGGAUCUUGGCCGCCCGUCACUUACAGGAGAAGUGUCAGGAGAUGCGGACCCACCUGUACUCUACCUUCGUGGAUCUGAUGAAAGCCUUCGACACAGUGAAUCCUGACGAAUUGUGGAAAAUUAUGCAGAAAUUCGGCUAUUCCGAACGAUUUACCCAGAUGGUGCGUCAGCUCCACGGCGGCAUGAUGGCGCGCGUCACAGACAUUGAAACUGUUUCAGAAGCAUUCGCACUGGCCAAUGGAAUGAAGCAGGACUGAGUCCACGCGCCUAACCUCCUCAGUCUUGUGUUCUACCUUGACGAACGCCCACCUCCUCAAUCAGCGGCGGCUGCACUUCCAGUCGUGUGUAUCCACAGCCACGAAAUUUUGCUUGCAGAUGACUGCGCCCUCAACGCCACCUCCGAAGGGGACAUGCAGAGGAGCGUGGGCCUCUUCGCCGACGCCUGCGAGGAAUUCGGCCUGAUCAUAAACACACAGAAGACGGUAGUUAUGCAUCAAACGCCACCCCACGCUGCCUACACGUCGCUUCACAUCAACUUGAAUGGCACCAAACUGCAGGUGGUGGACAACGUCACGUAUCUGGGCAGCACCAAAAUCGACGACAAAGUUGCCCGCCGGAUCUCAAAAGCCAGCCAAGCCUUUGGCCGUCUGCAAAGCACAAUCUGGAAUCGCUACGGUCUUCAUCUCAACACCAAACUGAAAAUGUACAAAGCAGUCACCCUGCCGACGCUGCUGUAUGAGGAGGAGACCUGGACGGUGUACAAGAAGCAGGCGCGCAGACUCAAUCAUUUCCACCUCAGCUGUCUUCGAUGGAUACUGAAGCUGAGUUGA